AUAAUAAUUAAUCAUAAAGUACGGAUGCUCUUUCAAAUGCUUAUAUCUAGUAGUUCUAAGUAAAGCUUGUGGAAAAUAUCAACCUACGGAUCAAUCAUAUAUCACGAUUUCACAUCUUCUGCAGCAAGCAGCCCCUUCGUCUAACGACGGCGCGAGCAUGGACAUGCAAGUACAUGAAGAGUUUACCAAAUGGGCUGUAAAUCAAGGCGUCAUUAUCAAUAAUGCUUCGCCUUUCCGAUUCCCAGAAAAGGGCCUGGGACUCAUAGCGAACAAGAAUUUCGAGAUAGGUGAUACUCUGGUGCAGGUUCCCAUAAAGGCGCUUCGUAAAGCUACAGAUGUACCUUCACAGUUUGCAGCACUGGCACCUGAAUUAGCUGUUCAUGCUCUCUUUGCUCUAUCUCUUGACGCGCUGCUCGGGCCGGAAUGGAAAGCUACUCUCCCUGCCAAACAGGACAUGCAUAGUUCUAUGCCUUUAUUCUGGGAGCCCUCACUACAAGAGCUUCUUCCAUACUCAGCCCAAGCUCUUCUUAAGACGCAAAUGGAGAAAACCAAUUCUGCUUGGACAAUCAUCUGCAAAGCAUUUCCAGAACCACCCAUAGCCUACGAUGAAUUCAUGUACAACUAUAGUAUUGUCAACAGUAGGACGUUCUACUACCUUUCACCGAAUAUCAAAUCAUCCAAACCACAACCAUCAAACCAGAAUCGUCUUGCGUUGAAUCCCUUCGCAGACUACAUAAAUCACAGUUCAGAACCCACGGUUGAUGCUACUCUAAGUCGUGCUGGCUACACACUCACGGCCUCGCGCCCCAUCAAGCAGGGCUCCGAAGUGCACAUUUCCUACGGAAGCCACAACAACGAUUUCCUCCUCGUCGAGUAUGGUUUUAUACUCCAAGACAACCGAUGGGACGAGGUAACCCUAGAUCCCUGGAUCCUACCAUUACUUAACCGAGAGCAAAAAGAACAUCUCAAAGAGAUGAGGUUUCUCGGUAACUACCUCCUCGAUCACGACACCGUAUGUUAUCGCACGCAAGUAGUCCUCAGGAUUAUCUGUCUACCGAUAGGGAGAUGGAGAAGAUUUGUACAAGGGUCGGAGGGCGAAGAGGUGUCUCAGAAGGCUGCGGAUAAAGUUCUAUUGAACAUACUAAUGGCUGGUAAGAUGGAGAUCAUAGAAACAGUCAAGGAGAUAGACGAAAGCCAGGCAGGACUUGAAAGUCAAAGGAAUACGUUGAGCAGACGUUCGAAACAAAUGGUUCUGUUGCUAGAUAGAGCGUUAAAUCGAACUAGAUGCUAAACUUCGUUAAAUUUUCACUUUGCGUUGCAUGAUGGACUUCUUGAGAAGCCCCCUCAACCUCACUAAAUCACGACAUGAGGCUCUGGCUGUUCUAUUGAUGUUCAGUCAAUCAAUCCGCCAUCUUGUGUUUUGCAAUACACUUUGUUCGUCUUGG